AAUAUGAAUAAAAUAUUACACCAUGAAAUGGCUCGCUCGAUUUUGGCCACUUUCACUCGCGUGUCUGCCUAUUCAACUUACUCUUCUACUCUGACAUUGAAGUACGCAAUUUGUAGAAGAAUCAGAUACACCGUCUCCGCUAAAACGCAGACGUAUCGAAGCUACAAAGUAAUGGCUUCUUCAACUACUUCGGUUCCAAAACAAGACAAAAUCACCGCUCCAUAUGGCUCUUGGAAGUCACCAAUUACCGCCGACGUCGUUUCAGGCUCCUCUAAGAGACUGGAUGGAACUGCUGUUGACGGUCAGGGCCACCUCAUCUGGCUCGAAUCACGUCCCACUGAAUCAGGGCGAGCUGUUCUUGUUAAGGAACCAGACAAAGAGGGAGGCGAAGCUAUUGAUAUUACUCCAAAAGAGUUUGCUGUGCGCACAACCGCUCAGGAAUACGGAGGUGGUGCGUUCAGCAUUUUUGGUGACACUGUCAUCUUCUCUAAUUACAAGGAUCAGAGGCUAUACAAGCAGUCCAUAGCUUCUAGAGAUUCCUCUCCUGUCCCAAUUACCCCGGACUAUGGUGCACCACUAGUACGUUAUGCUGAUGGAGUUUUUGAUUCUCGCUUUGACCGUUACAUUACCAUAAUAGAAGAUCAUCGUGAAGAUGGUUUGAACCCAAUCACAGCAAUUGCUAGCAUAGGCCUCAAUGAUCAGAAUAUUCAAGAGCAAAAAAUAUUAGUUAGCGGCAGUGACUUCUAUGCCUUCCCGCGUGUGGACCCAAGAGGUGAACGGAUUGCAUGGAUUGAGUGGCAUCACCCUAACAUGCCAUGGGAUAAAGCUGAACUCUGGGUUGGCUAUAUUUCUGACAAAGGAGAUGUCUACAAGCGUGUCUGUGUUGCUGGUUGUGAUCCUACUAUUGUGGAGUCUCCAACUGAACCCAAGUGGUCUUCUAAGGGGGAACUCUUUUUUGUUACCGAUAGAAAAAAUGGAUACUGGAAUCUUUAUAAAUGGAUUGAAUCAAACAAUGAGGUUCUCUCAAUUUAUUCCUUGGAUGCUGAGUUUUCAAGACCAUUAUGGGUUUUUGGUACGAAUUCUUAUGAAAUUAUUGAAAGUAAUGGAGAAAAGAACUUAAUUGCUUGCAGCUACAGGCAGAAUGGAAGUUCAUAUCUUGGAGUUCUGGAUGAUGUUGAGGGUUCAUUAUCUCUGCUUGAUAUUCCUUUCACUGAUAUAGACAACAUUACUCAUGGGAAUCAUUGCCUGUACAUUGAGGGAGCAUCUGCUAUUCAACCAUCAUCAGUCGCCAAGGUGACUUUAGAUGGCCAUAAAUUAAAAGCUAUUGAUUUCAAGAUUGUCUGGUCUUCAUCACCUGAUAGUUUGAAGUAUGAGUCCUACUUCAGCUUGCCAGAGUUAAUUGAAUUCCCAACAGAAAUUCCUGGUCAAAAGGCAUAUGCAUACUAUUAUCCACCAUCUAAUCCCAACUGCCAGGCUGUUCAAGGAGAAAAGCCUCCAUUGCUAUUGAAAAGUCAUGGAGGGCCUACAAGUGAGACCUGUGGGAUGUUAAAUUUGAGUAUCCAAUAUUGGACUAGUAGAGGUUGGGCAUUUGUGGAUGUAAAUUACGGUGGAAGCACUGGUUAUGGUCGAGAAUAUCGGGAAAGGCUUUUGGAACGCUGGGGAAUUGUUGAUGUUAAUGACUGUUGCAGUUGUGCUGCAUUUUUGGUGGACAGUGGUAAGGCAGAUGGUAAACGACUUUGUAUAACCGGUGGUUCUGCUGGUGGCUAUACAACAUUAGCUGCUCUAGCUUUUAGAGACACUUUUAAGGCUGGAGCCUCCUUGUAUGGUGUUGCUGACUUAAGCAUGUUGAAAGCAGAAACUCACAAAUUUGAAUCUCAUUAUUUGGACAAUCUUGUUGGUAGUGAGAAGGAUUACUUUGAAAGGUCACCAAUCAAUUUUGUUGACAAAUUUUCUUGCCCCAUAAUUUUGUUCCAGGGAUUGGAAGACAAGGUUGUACCUCCUGAACAGGCUCGUACAAUCUACCGGGCAUUGAAGGAAAAGGGUUUGCCUGUUGCUCUCGUGGAGUAUGAAGGAGAACAGCAUGGUUUCCGCAAGGCUGAGAACAUUAAGUUCACACUGGAACAACAAAUGGUGUUUUUUGCACGAUUGGUUGGACACUUUACUGUUGCAGAUGAUAUCACUCCAAUCAAAAUCGAUAACUUUGACAGCUAGUAUAAUGGUAUCUGGUUCCGAAAUUUCAGAGAACUGCCUGUAACAAAGUUGAGUCGGGCGAAUGCAUCAGGUAAUGAGCUUAUUUAUUAUAGCCAAUAAUUUGCUCUUACAUCAUGUAAUAAAUAAUCAUUCACUUUGUUUUACUUUCACAUCAUGUGAUGAAUUUAUCUUAAGAAAUAAGCAUGUAUUGGAGUAAUUGUAAACUACAGUGCCUACUUUUGAAGUUGCCAUAGACAGUAUUUGUUUCUUUA